AAAGCCGAGUGAAUUAGGAUUAGGAUAAAAUAAAAUUAACUCAAAAAAUAAAAAUCGACUAAUCCAAAUCAAAAGAAAUCUGAAACCGACCCGACCCAAAAUCGAGUGGUCUAACCCGAUUGACAUCAUCCCUACUCGCGAUCCAGAGUCCACUCCCCAUAAACUUUUGUGACGAUCGGUGUCCACGCGCCAAUGAGCAGCGCGCGUUGCAGAGAGAUUUUCCCUCAAACGGUACAUAGAUUCCUUUUCCUUUCCACUUCUCAUCAGUCUCCCCGAGCGCUCUCUCUCUCCCUCUCUCUUUUCUCCAUCAAUUCCACAGACGGAGCAGCGGCGGAGAUGGCGUACCAUCACUCGACACCGCCGUCGAUCACCAUCGUCGACCACGAGCUUCCCUACGACACGCACAACACCUACGACGUCAUCUUCUUCGGCGAAUCCGUCUUCACCACCCUUACCUGCGACCCGACCAUCGCCUCGCAGUGGAUCUCUGAGGUCGAGGCCGUCCAUCGCCGCGGCAUUGACCAAAUCAUCGUCGGCCUCGACGUCGAGUGGCGCCCGUCCUUCAACCGCUACGUCCACAACCCCGCCGCCACCCUCCAGCUCUGCGUCGGCCACCGCUGCCUCAUCUUCCAACUCAUCCACAGCCCCUUCGUGCCGCCGUCGCUCGUCGCCUUCCUCGCGAACCCUAGAUACACGUUCGUCGGGAUCGGCAUCGCCGCGGAUCUGGAGAAGCUGGAGGAGGACUACGAGUUCGGAUUCAACACGAACACGGUGGAUCUGAGGGAGCUGGCGGCGGCGAGGUACGAGCGGCGCGAUCUGAAGAAUUCAGGCUUGAAGAGCCUGGCAGCGCUAGUGCUGGGUAAGGAUGUGCAGAAGCCGAAGAGCAUCACGAUGAGCCGCUGGGACAACCAGUGGCUCACGCCGACGCAGGUGCGCUACGCGUGUGUUGAUGCUUUCGUAUGCUUUGAGAUCGGUAGGGUUUUGAAUGCUUCUUCUCCUCCCGCCGCUGCGGCUGCACCUCCACCUCGGGCUUCGGCUUUAGGUUGACUUUUAAUUAGGUUUUGUCGAUAAUUUGGCAUUUGAAAAAACAAAAAUCGGAUUGAAUUACUCCUAUUUCUAUUUUGUGAAUAGAUGAUUUGCAGCUUCGGCUUUGGGUGUUGGCACUUAAUUAAAAAUUGUGGAUGAUGAUUAGUGGAGUAUUUGAAGAAAAAAUAAAAGUGGAUUGAAUGUUUUUUA